AUGUCUAUUCUCAUGCUACACUCCGUGCCUUCAUUCCCACUUGCUUCUCCACCGCCCCUCUACAUCUCCUCACUCUCCCCUUUCGUCCUCCUCGAUUCCAUUGCCCUGCCCUUCCACUCCUCCCCCCCCCCUCUUUCACCCCUCCCCUCUCGCCCCCUACCCCUAACCUCCUCUCCAAAUGGGUGUGUUUGGCUGCGGCAGCGCAUGCAAGUGGCAUGGGCGGUCAUAUCAGCACAGCGGAGGCCCCCCUCUCCCCUUUAUCCUCCUGUCCUCGGAAGUUCAUGGGAAUGUGCUGUGGCAGAAGAUGCAGGUGGCAUGGGCGGUCAUAUCAGCAUAGCAGCGGAUGGAGGUGGCAUGGGCGGUCAUAUCGGCACAGACAGUACACUAGGAGAGGGAGCACUCUCAUGCUCGCAGCUAGUGGCUCUCGUGCCCCAACUGCUGAAGGGAAGAGGAAGCAGGAGACAGAAGAAAGUAUGGGGAGAGGGAGGUGGAAGAGGAGGGAAGGUGAAAGGAGGAAAGGGAGGCGAGGGUGCAGGGGGAGGAGAGGGAGGGGAGGAGCACCAGAAUGUAGGGGAGGUGGAGGGUGGGGUGAGCAUGGAGGUGAAUCGGGUGGCAGGGGAUGAUGCCAUGGGGGAGGGUGAUAGAGGGGCAUGA